AUGCCAUCAUUUUUCUGCAUUCCGUUAGCAUGUAAUCGACAAAUAGAUUCGCUCGAUCGUCGGCAGAACAACCUUCAGGCUGUACCUCAUGACAUUGAUCGCUAUCGGGGUCUUGAAGAGCUGCUGUUGGCAAUGAAUCACAUCAAGGAGUUGCCAAAGACUCUUUUUCGGCUUACGAAACUCCGUCUGCUGGAUUUGAGCGAUAAUGAUAUUUUCUGUGUUCCUCCCGAAAUCGCUUCAUUAUCCAACCUCGUAGAGCUGAACCUUAAUAUUUCCGACUUACCUGAGCAGUUGAAAGAGUGUAGGAUGCUCAUGAUAUUGGAUUUAAGUUCUAAUCCAAUCACAAGAUUGCCAGAGACAAUAGCCCACUGUGUUUCAUUGACUCACCUUGGUUUGAAUGAUGUGUCGUUAACUCAGCUACCAGCUGAUAUCGGACAACUGGUUAACCUUCGAUCACUAGAGGCCCGUGAUAAUCUUAUCCGAUCAUUGCCGACAAGUAUUACACUUUUGAAGAAUCUACAAGUAGUGGACCUCGGACAGAAUGAGCUCGAUCAGCUGCCAGCUGAAAUGGGUUGUCUCGAAUCGUUACGAGAAUUGUACAUUGAUUCCAAUGAUUUGGAAACCCUUCCUGAACAAAUUACGAAGUGUCGGCUUUUGGAGCAGCUUGACGCAAGCGAGAACCGCCUUUGCACUUUGCCUGAGGAAUUCGGGGACCUAUCGGAGUUGACUGACGUCAAUCUUUCGGACAAUGAAUUACAAACAAUUCCAAAUUCAAUAGGCCGCUUGAAGAAACUCACGAUUUUGAAGCUUGAAAAGAAUCACAUCCAUCAAUUGACUCAAUCAAUCGGGAGCUGCGAACAGUUGACGGAGCUUUUUCUCACCCAUAAUUUAUUACAAGAACUACCAUCAUCGAUUGGAAAUUUACGCAAUUUGAAAAACUUAAAUGUGGAUCAAAACAAGCUUUCUGCCAUACCGACAACGAUAGGCGGCUGCACAGCGCUAACGGUAUUGUCGUUGAGGGAAAAUGAAAUCACCGAAAUCCCCAUGGAUAUCGGGAAAUGUGAGAGGUUGACGGUGCUUGAUCUGUGCAAUAAUCGGCUAAGUCAUCUACCGUUCACGAUUAAUGUCUUGUUCAAAUUGCAAGCGCUCUGGCUGAGUGAGAACCAGUCACAAGCAAUGCUGAAACUUCAAGUUGAACGUGAUCCUCGUACUGGUGUGAAAGUGCUUUCGUGCUAUUUAUUACCGCAGCUCAGUGCUCACCCACAGAAUGGUAGUCAUGACAAUCUACGUCGUUUGUUUGAAGAUCGUUCUGGUCAAAAUCGAGCGUUUGUCGGUGGUCCCAAAGUGCACUUCCCUGAUCAAGAUGCGACGGUGGAUGACGAGAAGCUGCCGAUUGGACAGUUCGAGCGUCAUGAUACCCCACACCCGAAGCCACAAAAGCUCAAGAAGAGCAGCAUUGAUGGACAUGUUAUUCACCAUGAUGGACAGACUCCAAAUCAGCCAGUGACACUUGCUUUAACUAAGAAGCCAGGAAAUAGUAUCGACACCUCACCAACUACAGCUCCACAACCGGCUCCACGUUCUGCUCUGAAGUUCCAAAGUGUUCCACCGACAGAAUACGAGCCAGAACACAGCGCUUCUGUUCAGGAAUCGCAAAUAGUGGAUCGCGGACAGGCAAAGAAUGUUGCUUUCGCAAGCAACGUUCCGGAGGCACCGUCGUCGUGCCGGCUUAAACGUAUCAACACGCCUCAUUUCAAAGGAGUGCGCGGUUCGCUGCAAACCGCUCCUGAAAGAGAAAGACCGCCAGUACCUGCUCCAGUGAUUAGAGAGAAUGUGCCACGACGAAUUGCGAUUACACGGGAUGCAAACGGUCACCUGGGCCUGUCGAUAGCUGGUGGUUUAGGCAGCACACCUUUUAUUGAUGGUGACUGUUCGCUGUUUGUUUCGCGAGUGACACCGGACGGGCCCGCUCAUCUCGCUGGCCUUCGAGUGAACGACAAGCUAGUGAAAGUUAACGAUGUUGAUGUUUUGUGCGCUUCUCACGAUGAAGCGGUUCGUGCAAUGAAUGAACCAGGUGACGUCGUGGAGCUUACGAUCCUGAGGAAAGAGAAUCUCAAUUCUUCCUUCAUGAGGUCCCCUGACCAAUCUCUGGACGUUUCUUUUAUGACAGAUCCAGGCGAUUUGCCAAUGAAUAAUCGUGAAACACUCAGUGUAACAUUGAAACGGGAUUCAAUGGGUUCUCCUGGCUUUGCUGUAGCUUCUUCGCAUGGUGGACUCUCGGAUGGUUUGUUCAUAAGCUACAUUACACCUAACGGUCCAGCAGCAUGUCAAGGAAAACUUUCGGUUGGAGAUCGAGUGGUUUCGAUUAACGGAACUCGGCUGAAAGGAGUGCGCCAUGACCAAGCGGUUGCGUUAUUAACUGGUAACCCGCAUGAAGAUGUUUACAUAACAGUAAUGCGCGACCUCGUCCCACGUAUUUCGCCACAUCCUUUGCCGUCCACCCCUCUCAUCACCUCAUCUCCAACUGCUCAAUCACCUCAACCGGAAAAUCCAAAUAUCAUACCGAUCAGCAAGCCACCAACAACUCCAAUACCGUAUAACCCUGUUGCAGAUACCUUGUCAUGGGAUGGUACUACUGAAGAGGUGAUCUUAAUGAAAGACGGCAAAUCGCUGGGAUUGUCCAUCGUUGGUGGUUGCGACCAUUCCAGUCAUCCAUUCGGUGUCGAUCGUCCAGGAGUAUUCAUUAGUAAAAUCGCCCCAAAUUCACCAGCUGCAAGAAGCCAGCGCCUCCGAAUUGGUGACAGAAUUCUUGAAGUAAACGACCGAGAUAUCCGAAAAGCGCAACACAUUGAGGCUGUCGAGGCUUUGAAGCAAAGUGGUCCUCGAGUGGUGUUGUUAGUCACACACGAACCACAACCACCUGGCAUGCGAAUAAUCGAAGUAUCCCGUAAAGAUGGUCAAUCGUUAGGUAUCUCAAUUCAUGGCGGUGUUGGAAAGCCAGCUGCCAAUCCCGCCGAUGAGAGAGACGAGGGAAUAUUUGUCGAAAAGGUGGAGCCAUCGAGUGUGUGCCAUCGUGCUGGUCUCCAGGUUGGACAUCGACUGAUCGAGGUGAACGGAGACUCGUUGCUGGGCUGUGAUCAGUCCGAAGCAGCGGCGUUACUUCGAGCCUCGAAUGAUCUUCGAAUUCUCGUCUGUGAUGGAUACAAUGUGCCACAUAUUCCUCGGAUCGAUGAUAGAAGCAUAACAUCAACGCGAUCCACAUCGAACAACGCGCUAUCUGAUGAGAACAAGCUUGUGUCGACCACAUCGAUAUCGUCAAGUGUCGCUAAUACUUCUGUUCAAAAUGGUGAUCAUCAUCUAGAGGUUUCGUCUCGAUUCGAUGAACCACCACUGGCAUCGUCGAGUCCUUUGCCUACGGCUCCAGUUGCAUCUGCAGCUCCUGCUCCUGCUCCUGCCCCGAAACCCGUCCGAGUUCCGCCUGCUGUUGCCCCAAAGCCCACGUUGAGAAACUCUCAGUUACAAAACGUUCCACCGUUGCUUGAAACAGCAAAUCCGGAAAAGCUCACGUUUGCAUCGAAGCUGAAGAAUUUCGAAAGAGAGAUCGAGGUACAGAAGUUGGGAACAAAGCAAGCAUCUGCAAGCAAUCUACCAUUGCCUGCUAUGAAACCGUUGCUUAGCGAUAAUGACGCUCAAAAAUUAAAAGAAGAUGAAAGCCGGAGAAGACUAGCACCUUGUCGCGAAGCGAUUACACCGGAAGAAGGCGCUGACGGUUUUGAGAAGAUGCUCGACGACUGGUAUUGUUAUGGAACUGUUCCUCUUUCAAAAAUGGGAUAUCUGAUGUGUUUGGUUGCGGAUCCUGUAUGGUAUUGGUUCGAAUGUAUUUUUAGCGUGAAGUCGAGGGUCACCCACACAAGGAAAAUCGAAGAUCUGUCUGCUUCACCAAAUCUGAUUUCAAGUGAAGCACCUCUGAAUGAUGUUGAAAAACGAGCUAUGGAGCAGCAAAGGCGCAGUGAAUGGCGAGCAGCUCGUUUGAAAAGCCUUGAUCAAGAAAGGGCGGAAGCAGAUGCGAUCAUGGACCGACUACAGUUAAUCUCAUUACCCGUAAUUGCUGAAGAUGGAUGCGCUCCUCCGUCGGAGAGGAUACUCAAUAAUGACAUUUCUGUUGAACGAAGUGUCGUAGUGGAUGCAGUGACUGGCGAACGAACUGUUACACUAGUAGAAAAAAGUGUUACCAAACGGGAGAUUGAUGUCGCAAUCGCAGGUGGUGAGAUCGAUUUUGCAGAUAAAUGA